CAAGCCGAGGGGCGGGGGUCUGCUACCAAUAGCUACAUUUCAACCUACACAAAACUGCUGAAGAAGAAGCACCUCCAGUUUGAGUUUCACGCAAAUGUAUAGCUAGUUCUAUGGUUUCACGAUACUGACGAAAACUUAUGGGAGUAGGAUAGCUAACGAGGUUGUAAUUAUUUGGUUUCCAUGUUUGCCUGGUCGUUAACAAUUGUGUUGAAGUUCUUAUAGACGUUACGUGCUAACUACUAUUGAAUAGCAGUUUAUGCUACAUCGUUUGUUGCUAACUCUAGCACCAAGGCACAGCUUAAACCGCAUAAACAGAGAGUCGGAAAGAUUCUGCGCCCUGAUCGCCACUAUGCCAGCAGAUAAACGCAAAGCUGUGCCUUCUAAAGCUGUUAAUGCUAAGCAGAAGACGUUGGUAGCAGUGAAGGAAGAGAAGAGUGACAGGCCAGAAGGCUGGCUGCAGGACCAAGUGGACCAACAACGUCGAGAGAAAAAGGACGUGCAGUUCAACAAGAAGCGCCUACGUUUCCUAUCCCAAACUCAGAAGAUAAAACAGGGUUCAGAGGCGGUACUGUACUGGAUGUCCAGAGACCAUAGAGUCCAAGAUAACUGGGCACUGAUCCAUGCACAACAGUUGGCUUUGGCAGAGAAGCUUCCGCUGUACAUAUGUUACUGCUUGGAGGUACCAAAGACUGAAGUGGCCACCAUCCGCCAUCAUGGCUUCUUGUUGAAGGGGCUGGAAAAAGUUGCAAAUGAAAGCAGCUCUCUGAACAUCCAGUUCCACCUGCUCCAUGGCUCUGCUGGAGAAGUGCUCCCUGGGUUUGUGACUGAUCACCAUGUUGGCGCCGUGGUGACCGAUUUCUCCCCUCUCAGGACGCCUCUUCAGUGGUUGGAGGAAGUUGAGAAAGGUCUCCCAGAUGACAUCCCCUUUAUACAGGUGGAUGCCCACAAUGUGGUGCCUUGUUGGGUUGCAUCAAGUAAGCUGGAAUACUCUGCCAGGACUAUCAGGGGGAAGAUAACCAAGCUUCUGCCUGAGUUCCUCACUGAAAUGCCCCCAGUGGACAAACACCCUCACACAGCUGUUAGAAGUGCUAAGCCAGUGGACUGGGUGGAGACGGUGGCAUCUCUUCAAGUGGACAGGACUGUAGAGGAAGUGGAGUGGGCCAAGCCUGGGUCUGCAGCAGGCAUGAACAUGCUAGAGUCCUUCAUCGACCUCCGCCUCAAACACUUUGCCACUCAUCGGAACGACCCCAACUCCGCUGCCCCCAGCCAGCUCUCCCCAUGGAUCCGCUUUGGCCACCUGUCGGCCCAGCGCGUGGUUCUUCAGGUCCAGCGCGGCGGGAGGAACGCGUCUCAGUCUGUCUCCUCCUUCUCUGAGGAGCUGGUGGUGCGCAGGGAGCUGACGGACAACUUCUGCUUCUAUAACAAGAACUACGACAGCGUCACGGGUGCCAGUGAGUGGGCUCAGAAGACCUUGAAAGACCAUGCUAAAGAUCCCAGGGAGUACGUCUAUACACGCGAGCAGCUGGAGAAAGCGAAAACCCAUGACAAGCUCUGGAACGCUGCCCAGUAUCAGGUGGUCACGCAGGGAAAGAUGCACGGUUUCAUGAGGAUGUACUGGGCUAAAAAGAUCCUGGAAUGGACCUCCUCACCAGAGGAGGCCCUCUCCAUUGCCAUUUACCUCAACGACCGCUACGAGUUAGAUGGGCAGGACCCAAAUGGAUUUGUUGGGUGCAUGUGGUCCAUAUGUGGGAUUCACGACCAGGGCUGGGCAGAGAGACCUGUAUUUGGGAAGAUCCGUUACAUGAAUUAUGCCGGCUGUAAACGCAAGUUUGACGUGGAAGAGUUUGAGAGAAAGUACAUUCCCAAGAACCUCUGAGGCUGUGUGCUCUGAAAGAUGUGGAACAUACUCUCCCUUUAACUGUCUUCUCUGCUAAAGUUCUGGAUUUCAAGUCAUUUGUGGCCUCAGGUUUGUUGUGUGCUUGGGUUGUAAUGCCAGUUGAUGUUAUUCACGAUGAUGUUUAACCAAAUGAUUAUGAUAACCGUGAUAAACCAACAGGAUAAGUUGGUAUAAUAGCCUUCAGAAGAACAGUUAUUGAACCAAUGUACUUGUACUUGGAAUCAAAGUGAACUUUAUCCUCCUCUUUUUUACAGUUCUUUGAUUUCAUGUUUGAAAUGAUUACAAAUAAAAUACAGAAGUUGUUUUAUAA